GCACACAUCUCACACAACACACCAAGAUCUUUAAUCGUUACACUGUGUUCAAGUGAUAAACUCUGAUUUAUACAACAGCUAAAUGUAUACAGUGAGUGACCAUAUAGGUAUUUUAUAUGUUUCGAGACAGCUAGAUUUAGAAACUACUAAAAGUAAUGGGCAGUAACGGAGAGCCUUGUUCUGCGAACGCGAUAAAUUUGGUGCUGCUCACGUAGCGCAGAAGGCGCGCCCAUCAACUGAGGAUGAUAACGAGCGCACGGGGGAUUUACUCUACCGGCAAAUGGCAGAAUACAGCGCGGAUCAUAUCCCCGAAGAAGAGCCAUGCUCCACUCCAAAUGGUACCGAUGGGAUGGAGAAGAAGCCUGGAGAGAGAAGGGGUGAGCACAGAUCCCCGAGCACAAGCUGCCACGGCGCGGAGAGCGCAGAAUCAGCAUGCGCUGGGGACAGCGGUCUGCCGCGCGAGCUCCUUAAUCCGCGCAGCAACCGGUCAAAAUCUAAAGAGCACAAACGACUCAACGCUCACAGACUUGUAUUACAGUACAUCGCACCUUGUAUGAACUCGUACGGUUUGUGUAUCGUAGACAACUUUCUGGGAGAGAAGCUUGGAGACCGAAUUCUGCAGGAGGUAAGGCGCGUGCAUGAGGAUGGGAGCAUGCAGGACGGACAGCUCGCGUGCCAAACACUGGGCCAAACUAAAGCUAUUCGCGGGGAUAAAAUUGCCUGGGUCGAAGGCACUGAAACGGGCUGCCACAACAUAGGCGUUCUGCUGUCAAGAAUAGAUAAGCUCAUCACGUUCGCUGAUGGCCAACUUGGGAGCUACAAAAUUAGAGGGAGACACAAGAUGCGCACUUGAAGGCUUUGUGGAGAUGUUUGCACGUCAACAGGCGAAGCGAUGCUGCCUACAUGCGCGCGCCACAAUCCUCAAUGGCGGCUACGUGCGCUUAACAUGCAUUAACAAAUGCUGUUUCUAACGAUACGUCUACUGUGAAUUCCAGAUACCUGAUCUGAAAAAAAAUAAAUAAAAUAAAAUUCUAAGGACAUAGUUGUUGUUUGUAAACGAAAACAUUGGUGUAUGAGAACAAUGAAAAUAUAACAUUAAGAUCACAUGUGCUUUUUUUUCGUUGAUACAGUAUAGACAGUACAGGCUACUAUACGUUGCAGUUGCGUG